AUGGCUUUGAAGCACGAACUUCCGCAAGGUGCGGGCUAUGGAAUGGUGAUUGGCAUCGGCUUCGUUUUCGCAGCUGGAAUUGUCAUCACCAUGCGAAUCGCCAAAAGAUACCUCAAUGAGCACGCGCAAACCUCAGAAAUGUUUAUGGUUGCCAAUCGAUCUGUUGGAGUCGGCCUAACCGCCUCAGCUGUGUUUUCGUCUUGGAUGUGGGCCACUGAGACCUUGUGGGGUAGUGUUGUGGGCUACAACUUUGGAGUCAGUGGUCCCUUCUGGUUCUCGGUCGGUCUGGCGUUCCACAUCUCACUCAUGUGUGUGGUUGGAAUCCAGGUCAAGCUCAAGGCUCCCAAUGGACACACAAUGCUGGAAAUUGUCAAGUUCAGGUACGGAGUGGUCGGUCACGUGGUGUUCAUGGCAUUGUGUCUCAUCAACAACAUCAUGAGUUGCUCGUGGAUGAUCUUAUCAGCCGCUGCAGGUAUUGCUAGUCUUACUGGUAUGCACAUUGUGGCUAGUUGUAUGUUGAUUCCCUUUGGUGUCAUUCUAUACACGGUUGCAGGUGGUCUGAGAGCCACUUUCCUUACAGACUACGUCCAUACAGUCAUUGCCCUUGUUCUGCUCAUCUACUUCUCCCUGGCCAUCCUCCUCCACAAGGAGAUUGGGGGUAUCCAUCAGCUCUACGAUAUGGUCAUCCAGUAUGGAGAGUCAACCAAGAUCCUGGGAAACUACCAGGGCUCUCUGAUGACAUUCAAGUCCGAGGAAGCCAUUUACUUUGCGAUUGUCCACACUAUUGGUAACCUUGGUCUAGUCAUCAUGGACACUGCUUUCUGGCAAAAGUCUCUGGCUGCUAACCUCGAGGCCACCGUGCCCGGUUACAUGAUUGGUUCCAUUUGUAUCUUCUGUGUCUCAUGGGCUCUGGGAACCAUCUGCGGCCUUUCUGCUCGAGUCAUUGAGAAUCUUCCCAUCUUUCCCAAUUACCCCAAUGGCUUCUCGGCUGCUGAUAUUGGAAAUGGUCUCGUUUUGCCUUACACCGUUGCCGCCCUGCUGGGUAAAGGUGCUAGUGCAGGUAUUGUCAUUAUGCUGUUCAUGACCGUUACUUCCACCACCUCGGCUGAGAUGAUUGCUGUCUCCAGUAUUAUCUCAUUCGAUCUCUACAGAACCUACAUCAACCCCAACGCCUCCGAUCGAGCCAUCAUUGCUGUAUCUCACGCAGGAGUUAUCUUCUUUGGACUGUUUGCAGCUGGUUUUGCUGUCAUGUUGCACUACGUCGGUACCGAUCUGAACUGGCUGGGAUACUUCUUGGGUAUUGUUAUUACUCCUGGCGUGUUCCCUGCUAUUCUGACUUUGCUGUGGAAGCGUCAGUCUAGAGCUGCCGCCACUCUUGCUCCUGUUCUUGGUCUUGGAACAGGAAUGGGUUUGUGGCUUGGAACAGCCAAGUACUACUCUGGUCACAUCAGCGUUGAGACACUCGGAGCUUCGCUUCCCAACGUCUGGGGUAACAUUGGUUCCAUGUUUGGUUCUCUGCUUUACUCUGUGGUGAUUACUCUGCUUCGUCCUGAAGACUUCGACUGGGCCAAGUUCCAGAAGAUCACUCUAGUCAACGAGGACAAGAUCGCCGAUAGUGAGAGUCAUACUGAAGGUGAGCUGGUCAACACCGAAAAGGGAGACGAGUCGGGAACCCACACACCUGAGUUCCCUCUUGACAAGAAUGAGUCUUCCCCUGAAACUUCAAUCCACGAACACUCUGCUACGAUUCCCACUUUGACCAACGAGAACUUCUUCCAACCACGGUUGGUUAUUCCUCCAGAAAUCCGAGGUUUCAAGCGGUUUCUGUGGUAUAUUGGUUGGGAAGUUGCACCUACAGACUACUCCAACCACCCUCUGGGUCAGGAUGCCUUACCUAUUAUCUUCAAGUGGUACAAAGUGGCUGUUAUUUUCUCCACCACGAUCUUCCUGAUCACCUGGGUGGUCUGGCCCUUCCCCAUGUACAGAAACUGGGUAUGGGGCAAGAGCUUCUUCACUGGAUGGGUGGUUGUUGCUAUCUUCUGGAAUUUCCUGGCCUUUGUUUGUGUCUGUAUCUUCCCUCUAUGGAACGGCAGACACACGCUCUACAAGGUAUUCAAUGGCUUGUACCAGGACAUCUUCCAUAGAAAGCGAAAAGAGUAG